GUCGACAAGAUACAUGGAGUUCUUCCGGCAGGGAUGCAUGCGGCCGCGCGUCUUCAACGAGAGCUACGUCCGGUGCCAUCACAACCAAGGGCUCAAGCCCGUGCGCUGCUUCCCGCACUGCAGCCCCGAGUGCUGCCCGCAUAGCGGUAGCCGCGGCUGCGGUGGAUCCGUGAGCGUCCGGGUGGCCACGACCGACGGCGUCAUUGCGUUCGCUCGCUUCGAGAGCCUCUCAAGCGACAGCGUCACAACCGAGCUGGAGAUUGACCCGCGGGACGUGCGCAGCUCGGCCAACCCCACGGGCGUCUGGCUCAUGGGCGUCCGCGGCCGACACGACGGCGUCGACUGCUUCCACUUCAACGACCAAGGGCGCGACGGGUGGCACUACGAGUGGCAGAGCAGCUCAAGCAGCAAGAAGCGCAGUCAGCGCCACGUUUUCCACGUGUACCUUUGCCACCGACUGGCUGCCCACCGCGUGCGCAUCUUGGACAACCUUGCGUCAACGCCGUUCACCAUCGCCUCGUACCGCCGGGCGCGCGCAAAGCAGCUGUCGCUAUCGCCGUCCACGUCGUGCUCAGCGCCGUCGACGCCACCCGCGCAGAUUACUCGGCCGUGGGUCGUCGAGUACGCCGAGCUGCCGCGCUCGUCCACGCAAGAGACGGCCGCGCGGCUUCUCCAGCUUUUCGAACUUUGCGCGCAGGUGCCCGUCACAGCGGUCGCACCGGCCAUCGAGGCGCGCGUCUGGGCCGAGGCCGCCCGUCAUGUGCCUGGUGUGCGCCAGCCGCCCGCUCUCUUCCUCUUGCGUCAGCUCGCGCCAUUCGACGACGCGGCCUCGCGCCUCGAGACGAUUGCGCUCGCCGUCCUCUGCCGGCUCAUCACGUCGUCGUCGAGGAUCCACGACUUUUGUCGGCGGUACGACGGCAGCAUCUACGACAACACGGAGCUCCACGAAGCGUACAACCGCGCCGUCGAGUCGCUCGCGAGAAGCCUCGACGUGGUCUUGGCGACGCUCGGCGAGAGCACAAGCAGUCUCUCGGCGCAGCUGCCGCCGCCAACCGUUCCACAGCCCUCGCACGCGAUCGGGUUUGCGGUCUUUGCCCGCAUCUUGCAGACGUCGCACGUGGCGCGGACGCAACCGUUGAUGCCACCAGACGCAGUCUACGGUGGCGUCUGGGCCUGGCGCGUCGCGACGCCGAUCGUCCGUGCGCUGCAGACGCCGUCCUUUCUCGACGUGCUCUGGAGCUGGCUCGGCGCGUGCGGUCUCCGUCUCUGCCUUGACGGCCACGUCUUCUCGAAACACCAAGUGUCACGGGACGAUAUUUCAAUGACACGAGAUCGUCCAGUGGCCGUGCGGCCAAUGAACCGAUGACUCAUCUUGCUCUGUAGGUGCAGAGCCGAUGGCCGGCGUGGCCGUCGCCGCCGACCGCCUUUGCGCUGGACCACAUGCCGCAUGCGAUGCACACGUGGCCGCAUGGCGCCUUGGCCCACUAUGUCGGGUGGAGCGACGUCGACGGGCUGCAUCUGGACGUGUUUGUAUGGCCUCGCCAUCCGACCGAGCGCGGUCAUGGCUUCCGAACGCUCUGGCGACGCCAAGAUGCGAGCUUGGUGGUGCUGCUGGCGCGGGACGUGCUGGUGACGACAGCAGCGUACGACCCAACGGACGGUGCGACACGUCGCAUGGCCAACGUCCACGCCGAGUCGACCGACUUGCAUCUCGAGAUGAUCUACGACCGCGUGCUGCUGGACGAGUGCAAUGCCGACAUGUAAGCUACGUUGGCGAUGAUGAUGCGGACAAUACGACUGUUGUGGGACCAUGGA